AUGAAACUUUUGGUUUUUAUCGCAUCAUCUGUGCUAAUUUUCCGUUACAACGCAUUUUAUAUCAAAUAUACUACAAACGAGGGAUUACUAUUUCGACCUUCUUUGAGACAUGUUGCGUCCAGUUAUCAUGGUUGGUCAUUUAUUCGUUCUAUUACGCUAAAUUCACAUUAUUCCCCAGGUAAAAGAGAAGUAGAUGCAUUUAGAGAUACACAUAACCUAGAGUCAUUCGGUAAAAGUAAAAAAGAGCGGCCUUUGGCCGUUAAAGCUCUCAAGGAUUCACAGACCUCAGAUAGUUUCACAGAUUGUGAUUCCAUUCCCUCUGACUCCUCGGACGACUCACAAGAACAGUUAUACAACGAUGGAAUCACUAAUAAACACAAGGAACUGCAGUUGAAAAAGCUAAGAGAUGAACUGAUAGCACUGGAUUCCGACACAUCCUUACGCGAAUUCUACAUCAAAGGACAUGGACCAGGUGGUCAGAAGAUUAAUAAAUCAACUAUUUGUGUUCAACUUGUGUACUCUUCAGGGAGCACAGAUAAGAAGAUUGUUGUCCGUUGCAAAAAACAUAGACAGCUAUUACUGAAUAGGAUAGAAGCAACAACCAUACUUUUGAAUAAACUGAAGGAUUUAAAAAGAAGACAAAUGAUUGAAGUUUUGGAAGAACAAGGGAAAGAAGACAGGAGAAUACUAAAACUGUCCGAAGCUGAUAAGGGACGCAAGAGAAUUAUUAAGGAGAUCAGGUCAAUCAAGAAAAUACAAAGGAGAAAGGUUAUGCCAAGUGAUUUUGAUUAG